AUGGCAGGAGUGAACGGAGAUCGUAAGGGGAAGAAAGAUGAUAAUGGGCUUGGCACGGCGAUUGACUUUGUUCUCUCCAAUGCAAAGCUGGUGCUGGGAGUCGGGGGUGCAGCCAUGCUUGGUAUCGCCACUCUGGCAGUCAAAAGAAUGUACGACAGAGCUCUUAGUGCUCCAUCCAGCCCCACUAAAGCCGACCAAUCAGGACGGAGAAGUUGGGAGGAGCCGAGCUGGCUGGGGUCAUCACCACGAACACUGAACCAUGACAUGAAGCAGAACGUCAGCCGUUCUCUCCAGACGCUCCCCACCUCCUCCAGCUCCUUCAAGCCAGAUUCUUUGCGUCGUGUGAUGUGUCGUGGCAGUGGUAAGGCUGAGCUCCAGAGGGCACGGAUGCGUCUGUCACUACAGGAACACCUCUGGGCCUUCUUUCAUGAGCGAGUGAUGAUCCCCUCUGAAGAGCAGGCUGUGGCUCGACGUGCUGCAUUGGAUAUCUGUGCCGAGCUCCGAGUCUUCCUCCAUGCCAAAUUACCUGAUAUGCCCUUACGAGAAAUGUACCUCAGCGGCAGUCUUUAUGACGACCUCCAGGUAGUGACUGCAGACCAUGCCCAGCUGAUGGUACCCAUGAUUCUUGAGAAGAAUCUCUGGUCAUCUAUUCCUGGUGAGGACACCAUCAUGAAUGUUCCCGGCUUCUGGCUGGUCCGUCGGGAAAACCUUGAAUACUUCCCUCGUGGGAGCAGCUACUGGGACCGUUGCAUGGUGGGCGGCUACCUUUCCCCAAAGAGUGUUCUGGAAGUCUUUGAGAAGCUUGUUGCUGGCUCCAUUAACUGGCCCGCAAUCGGUAGCGUUUUAGACUACAUAAUUCGUCCCAUGGUUCCAUCGGAAACGCUAACGUUGGAAGUGCAGUACGAAACAGACCGUCACCUUUACGUAGACUUCCUCCCGUUGCUUGUUAUGGAAGAUGGAGCCUCGCUGAUCGCCAAACCGCAUCGAUUGGCCGCCGAACGCCACGAGAAUUUAUGGCGGCAGAGUUUUCGAGUGGCAGAGACGGCAAAGUUACGUGCUCUCGAUCAGGAAGAUGGUGGGUGUCGUAGCGCUUGUCUCAAAGUUGUUAAAGCGGUGUGUAAACUAAAUCCCGCGCUGGCACGAUUAAACGCAAGCCAGCUCACUAAUGCAAUCCUUCUCCUAAGUGAACAGGAGGGCGAUUGGACUCAGGAAGCGCUGGCUGACCGUUUUCUGCAGCUGCUUCGUGCACUAGUGGGACACCUAGAGGCUGGGAGGCUACCCUGCACCCUAAAUCACAAAGUCAAUCUAUUCUGUGAGCUUACUCCACAGGAAAUCGAUGAACUGGGAUACACACUAUACUGUGCAUUGUCCGACCCAGAGAACCUGCUGAGAACUGUUUAACAAAUAUACGUAUGCUCACACACUACCGUUUGGCCCCUGUGCAAAGCCAAGACCUGUGGUUCCCAACCCUUUUCCUGGAGGCCCCCCCAACACUACACAUUUUGGAUAUCUCCCUAAUCAAACACACCUGUUUCAACUCAUCAGCUCAUUAGUGGAGACUCCAAGACCUGAAUUGGGUGUGUCAGAAAAGGGAGAUAUACAAAAUGUGCAGUGUUGGGGGGCCUCCAGGAACAGGUUUGGGAACCACUGGCCUAAACAAACAUACAAAAAAAUAUUUUCUGAUGUGUCCUGGUAAUACCUGCAAGUAAUACCACCGAAUCUUCUUCGUCAUAUUAUAUAUGACCCUUCGUAUAUCAUUAAGGUAUAUGUGGCUCUCCUAGGGAUGUUUUGAAGUAUCAAUCAAUUUAUUUAGUUGAGAAUCAGAGACCAUCAGUGCUCCAAACACUCAAAUUUUUAAGAUUUACACAACUUAAUCUCAUAAUACAUUUUUGUUUUAUUAUAUAUAUAUAUAUAUAUAUAUAUAUAUAUAUAUAUAUAUAUAUAUAUAUAUAUAUAUAUUAUUAAUAUGUUUUUGUAUUUUUUUUGUAAAAGAUUACUCAAUUCAAUUUGAUCGAAUUUUGUGAUGAAAUUUAAAUGCGUAAAUCUUUAAAUAAUUGUUUUGAUUGUCAGUAUUUUUUAAUGUUACGUUCUGAAGUUAUUUGUUGUGUGAAACAUGGUUCAGUAUUUCUUCAGGUUUAGCUCCUGGAUUCAUUUAAAAUACUUGCAUCUGAGUAAGCUGCCUUUGGGUUACUUAUGUGACAGAAAUUUCAGAUUAUUCAAAUUGUUUGGUUGGGUAAGCAAAUGCCUCUGACCAUCAAAACAGAAUGUUACUCUUAGUUACCUUUUAAAUUUCAAGUGAUGUUUAGGCACAUAAUUGAAUCUCUUUUAAGAACUAAGUUUCUGAAAUAUAUAUAUAUAAAGAUUGAAAUACUUCACAAAAAAUUGAUAUUUUGUAAUUUGUUAAAAAAUGUACAAUUAUUUCUCUGAAACCUUGUUCUUUCCAGUUUGUCUGUCUAUUAAUCAAAAUUGGAGUUAGUGAAUGCGAAGAAAAACAUUAAUAAAGUAAAAACAAAAACAUGUUUUACCAUCCGUGCUGUUAAAACAUGCAAAUGACCUAGAAUUGAAGCUGUGCUAAUGGAGUAACAUUAUACUUUUUUGUUUGUUGAAAUUAUUGCAAACAUUGCUUGUUUUCAGCUACAUUCUGAUCUUUCUAAAGUUGGUCAUACAGAUGUUUCAGGAGAGAGUGGUGGAUGUUAAUUGUUAAAACGGGUUACUAUCACUCUGAGUACUAAGUAUUUAUCUGAAUUAAUGCAUCUUAUUUAAAUGGCUAAACAAAGAUUAGAAUACUGUAUGUAUUAAAGAUGGCUAAUAAACCCAAACAGCCCAUGCAGUCCUCUAGGAAGACUUUGUUUCCAUGUAAACCGUAAAUGUAAAACCGGUUCCCAUCUCUUAUUUUUCAGUGGAUGUGUGGGUUUUAAAGUAUGUUUGAAUGAACUGAGUGUGCAAAGACAUGUAAAUGAGCUUAAUAAAACAUGCUUCAUAAAAAUCAUAGAGACAUUGUAGUAUUUUUCUAUUGAUUGUACAGAUGUAACCAAAAAACAGUAGAGAGUGUCGAUUGAUAGAACAAAAUAUCAAAUAGGCUAGGUCUCUAUAAUGCCAAACCUUGCAGGAGAUGAUGUGUUUAAUUGAAGCAUUUAUUUAGCUUGAAUAACCGGAACACCUGUGUCCACCUGUGUUAUGUCGCAGAUACACAUUUACCCUGCAAAUUAUAUUUAUACGUCUGAGCAGCAACAAAUCCAAAGUACUGUAGACUUCAACUUCUAUCUUGUGGGUUUAUAGCUUGGCCUAGUACUUUGCAUGAUGUUUGUGUAUUUGUUUCUUCAUUUGCAGGUGAUUAUUUUUAUUAAAGAGCACUUUGUAUCAUUUAUAAAUGUUCUAAAGAGUUUUUCUGUGCUGCUAUACAGAGCACAGUGUGGAAAUAAAAUAGAAUGGAGUGAAAAUGG